UAAACAAGCGGUGGCCUCCAUCGUUUGAUGGUCCUAUUUUAUCAUCAGCCGAGAAGGUAAAACACCUAAACCCUCGAAUCUUCCCCCACAUUCGUGCUGGUUCUCGCUCACCGUCUCUACUAUCCUCUGUUCCUGUGGACAACAAUGAGCGGCCGUUCAAGUCGAACCCUUUAUGUUGGUAAUCUCCCUGGUGAUAUUCGCGAGCGGGAAGUGGAAGAUCUGUUCUACAAGUAUGGACCUAUUGUUGACAUUGAUUUGAAGAUCCCACCAAGGCCUCCGGGCUAUGCUUUUGUUGAGUUUGAAGAGGCUCGUGAUGCUGAAGAUGCUAUUCGUGGUCGUGACGGAUAUAACUUUGAUGGACACCGUUUACGUGUGGAGCUGGCACAUGGUGGGCGAGGGCACUCCUCAUCAAUAGAUCGUCGUAGUAGUUACAAUGGUGGGGGUGGCCGCGGUGGUCUCUCUAGGCACUCGGAUUAUCGUGUGUUGGUCACUGGGUUACCUUCUUCCGCCUCAUGGCAAGAUCUAAAGGAUCAUAUGCGUCGAGCUGGAGACGUUUGCUUCUCUCAGGUGUUCCGUGAUAGUGGUGGUACCACUGGAAUUGUGGAUUAUACCAACUAUGAUGACAUGAAAUAUGCAAUCAGGAAACUUGAUGACUCUGAAUUUCGAAAUGCAUUUUCUCGGGGAUAUAUACGGGUGAAAGAGUAUGACUCGAGACGGAGCUUGUCUAGAAGCCGUAGUCGUAGUCGUUCCUACUCAAGAAGCAGGAGCCCUAGCCGUAGUCGUAGCUACAGUCGAAGCCGCAGCCCAAGCAAAUCACCGAAGGUCAAAUCUUCACGCCGUUCUCCAUCUAGAUCUCGCUCAAGAUCUGUUUCUUCCCGUUCUCGUUCAGGGUCAAGGCCACGCUCUGCGUCAAGAUCAAGAUCAAGAUCCAAAUCUCCAUUAGCAUCUCCUCCUCGCCCCAAGCGUGUGAGUAAAAGCCCAAAGAGCCGGAGCCGGAGCCUGAGUCGCAGCAGGAGCUUGUCUCGGUCUCGGUCUCUGUCUCCUGUAUAGUACUUCCCUGGUAAGAUCUAAUCGUAUAUGAUUAGUUGAUGAUGAUGAUGGAGACUCUUUCUGGUGAUGUAGUUUCAUGCUUCAUAAGAUGGUGGGGAACAGAGUGGGAAACAUGGACAGACUGAUUUGGACUAUUUUAAAUUUGUUGUAGUAGUCUGAUAGAACCAUAAUGCAUAUCUACUAGAAUGUUAUUUUGUAUGUUUUGAAUUAUUCAUUAUUACUUGGAUAUCAUGACUGCUAUUUUCAAAAUUUAUGGUCAUUUCUAUA